UCGAAGAUGAAGGGCGCGAUUCAAGGGUUUUAGGGCUUCUUUUCCUGCGAGAAUUGGGGGAAAAAAAAAAUGGACAAGGGUAUCCAAGGGACCAUAAAUCUGAGAAGAAAUGGAGAAGAAACUGUGGAUUUGAGUGGCAAGGUUCACCUGCUCCCCUGCUGCAUCAAAUACAAUGGCCCUUGUGACGUUUCGGACUACUUCAAACCCAAACCCACUGGAAUGGAGUCCGAGGGCCUAAAGACGCAGGAGGCUUGUUUCCGAGGAAGGAAGUUGCUGGGAGCAUCCGUUCCCAUCCCAGAUGGGUAUUCUGGAUUUGUCCUUGGGAAGAAGAGUCUUGACAAGAGAAAAGCUUCAAAUAUAUCUGAAGGGAAUUCAAACUUUUGGGAGAUAAAUGCCAAAUAUAAAAACAUUACAUAUUGGAAUCAUGACAGCCUUCCUUCGCAGGAUGAUGCAUUCUUGCGUUCUUUUCAUUGGCUUGCUGUAGCAAAAACUAUGCAUGAACCAGUAGCAGCAGAAGAUUUGGUUUCUGCAUCCGCUGCUCUGGAAAAGUUGAACUGAUUAAGACAUGCAAGGAGCAUUGUAUCUCUUUAAGCUCUGGGUACAAAGGACUUUGAUUGCUUGUAAGAUCUGUAUUGAUGAAAUUAAUUGGCAAUAGAAUAUCACAUGUCAAUGAACAUUCACAUCUUCAAAUUAAAGAUUUCAUUGCAUUUGGUAGA